GUAGGGUGGCCUUAUACAUAUCUGAACAGGUUCUGCAGGCUGGUCCGAGAUCCUUCCUGCCGUCGCGCUCCCCGUACUCUAUGGGCCCCGCUUUUCAGUAUUCCUUCGCCGCUACGGUUGGUGCGUCGUACGUAGGCACUAUCCUCGCCUCGAUACUGUACGGUAUGACAUCGAUACAGACGCUCACGUUCUUCCGCUUCCAUCGAAGGAAUCGUCUCUGGAUCCAAAUCACUGUCGCCUUCCUAUGGGUCCUAGACACGAUCCACCUCGCUUUCAUCGGACACGCAGUCUACACCUACGUCAUCACCGACUUUGGCGAUAUGGAUGCUAUCGCACAACCUCUCUGGAGCAUCACAGCGCAUGUUCUGAUCUCGAACAUCAGCGAUCUCAUAGUGAGAGGUGUUUUCUCGUAUCGUAUUUGGAUCUUGAGCGCGAAUCACUGUUGGAGAACAGUUACAGUGAGCCUAGCUUCCCUUGUGGUCUUCGUCAGUGGUUUCGGUAAGUCUCGUGGCGGAGCAUCAUCUACGUCAAACUAACUUCAGAUCGCCCGCGGAAGCAUUCUCAGUGUGGGGGUGAAACCGUCUUGAGCUUAUAUUUUUUCAUGAAAUGUGCUCAUGAUAAUUCUAGGUUCCUCGUCAAAGGCUACGCAUUCGAGCAACGAGAAAUCUCUCAGAUCUUUCUCUACACAAACCUCUCGUCAAGCGUGGUCGCAGACAUCUUAAUUGCCACGUAUAUGUGGUGGAUUCUCCGACAGAGCCGUACGGGCAUAGCGAAUACCGACUAUAUCUUAGGCCGCUUGACAAUCUACAGUAUCAGCAUCGGACUCCUGACAUGCUUCUGCACAUUGCUGUGUAUUAUCCUC